CCCGGGAUGACGGCAGCGGCGGGCGGGGCGGAGGAGGAGCCGGCCAUGGCCGGGGCCGCCGCUGUCGCGCUAUCCCCGUCUGCGCUGCCGCCCGCCCUGCCGCCGCCCGGCCGCCGCGCCGCCCCCGCCAUGGCCGAGGAGGAGGCUGCCAGCGAAGGGUUAGGAUGGUUAUUCAGUUGGCUUCCUGCCUGGUGUCCCACAUCACUGCUACACCUUAAGGAGGCUGAGGACAAAAUGCUGAAAUGUAUUACAAGCACAUACAAUAAACGAUAUGUGUAUAUAUCUAAAGGAAAUAAAAUAUGGACACUGACUUUCUCUCCGGACCUUUCACAUAAAACUCCACUCGUUCUUCUGCAUGGGUUUGGAGGAGGUGUUGGACUGUGGGCUCUCAAUUUUGAAGACCUCUGUGAGAACAGGACCAUUCAUGCUUUCGACCUCUUGGGAUUUGGACGUAGCAGUAGACCACACUUUGACACUGAUGCUCGGGAAGCAGAAAACCAGUUUGUGGAAUCCAUAGAAGAAUGGAGGAAGGAGGUGGGGUUAGAAAAAAUGAUUUUACUUGGACACAACCUAGGUGGAUUCCUGGCUGCUGCUUACUCAUUAAAAUACCCAUCAAGGGUCAAACAUCUUAUCUUAGUGGAGCCAUGGGGUUUUCCAGAGAGGCCUGACAAUGCUGAUCAUGAAAGACCAAUUCCAAUCUGGAUCAAAGCGCUAGGAGCUAUAUUGAGUCCAUUUAAUCCAUUAGCUGGACUGAGGAUAGCAGGACCCUUUGGAUUAAGCCUUGUUCAGCGUUUAAGACCAGAUUUCAAGCGAAAAUAUUCAUCAAUGUUUGAUGAUAACACUGUGGCCGAAUAUAUCUAUCACUGCAAUGUACAGUCACCCAGUGGUGAAACAGCAUUCAAGAACAUGACUAUUCCUUAUGGAUGGGCGAAAAGGCCGAUGCUGCAACGGAUUCCACAGAUGAAUCCAAACAUUCCUAUCACUGUGGUGUAUGGAGCACGUUCAUGUAUAGAUGGCAAUUCUGGCAGCACUAUCCAGUCUCUGAGACCAAAUUCAUAUGUGAAGACGAUAGCUAUCCUUGGUGCGGGUCAUUAUGUGUACGCUGAUCAACCUGAAGACUUCAACCAGAAAGUGAAAGAUAUCUGUGAUUCUGUGGACUGAGUCUCUUCUGUCCCUUACAAAGUCGUACCACAGAUAGCAUUUAAUAGCAAUACACUCUAGGAAAUCACAAAAUAAUGCGGAGCUAACACAACAGGCUCUAUUUGCACACUGUUUCUUCUAAGAAGCCAUUUGCACACUUAAACCACUGAGUGCCUUCUUGGGGGAGGGAUAGGGAGAUCUGAAGCCAACUUUGUACAGCUUUGUUUGGAAUUGGUCUUUAGAUCAUUGGCCUGUCAUAUGUGAAAUUACAUAUAACUUUUUAAAACUGGAAUUUUCUUCAAAGUAUAAUUGAAGUUUGCACAUAUUGAACUCUCUAAAAAUGCUGAAUUCUCCAUUGGCACAAAGAGCUGUAUCGAUACCGAUAGAAUGUCUAAAAUGCAAUUUGGUUUCUUUAUAAACAUUUGUAUUUUUUAGUUGACGUUUCAUAGCAAGAAUAUGAAAUUGAUUAUGUAUUUUAUUUUCAGAAUACAGAACUCCAUAUAGAAUAUUUUAAGAGGAUUUUUUUUUUAAUUGGAAUGAUAACAGCUUAUAAAGCUGAUUUUGAGAGGGACAAGGCCAAGAUGAUGAGUGGUGUCAGUCACUGAGGUAUAUGUGGUAAUUGUAAGGAAUUGGGGCUCAAUAGUAGGAAAUCUUUCUUCUGUUGGAUUUUAUUUCCAUUUUUUCCUUCUGUGCAACUUUUACGGAAGGCUCAGUGAGAGUCAAUGAUGUCACCAGCACUCAUGCUUCCAGAAAUAUUUUGAUAUGUUGAUUUCAGUGAUUUAAAGUACAGAAGAUGGCUUGUUAGUUACUCCAUCUAUUUUUAACACUUAACUGCAGGAUUUGUUACUAGCCUAAACCUAACAAUCAUAGCUAAGUUGACAAGAUUUUAUUAGGGCUAGGGAAUGGCCAUCUGGAUAGUGAGCAUAAUUCUCUUUUUAGAUAGAAAAACCUAAUCCACUUUUUAGUAAAUUUGGGGCAGAGAAGAAGCAAAGGAAGAAUAUUGAAGUUCUCUAAUUGGGAACUACAGCAAGUUAGUGUAUUUUAGUUCACAUGCAGCCUCCUUAUAGGAAGGGUUGUUACUGGAAUGAACAAGAUCACUGUAACAGAUUUUAAUGACAUGUUUUGGAGAUUCUUUAUAUAAUUAUAUAUUUUAAUUGAGUGUUUCAAUAUCAGAGAUAAUCCAGUCUCUGCAUCUUUUUGAAAUCAUAGUUUGACAUUAGUAGAUUAUAUUAAGAAAAAUACUUUGUCACUUUAAAGCCAAAUUAUGUGGUGGUUUGUUUUUUAACAAGUUUACAUAAAACUGUUGAUGUACUUUUGAGUAUUAAAUUGACUACUAAAGAAUUCUUGAUACUUUUAUACAUAGAGAAUUUGAAUUAAUGAGAGCACCCUCUUAAAGCUUGAGUGGAAUUCUCUGCAUUUUUACACAAACUAAGAAAUUGUUGCACAUGUUUAUGAUGUGGAAGGACAAGAUACCCAAAAUCUUCAGGAAAUACUCUGUGUUCCCAGCCAGAGUAUCUUUCUUUCUGAAAGAGGUGUUUAUCUAUAUGUUGCUAUGUAAGCAUCAGUCUUUGUGACUGCCUGGCUGGUAGUGCUUAAAAUCUAACAAGCUAAAGAUUUUAAUUAAAAUUAACUAUUGAAGAUGCCAGAAAUUUUAAACAAAAUUUUGGUUGUUUGCUAAAAGCUUGAAUUCAAAAUGGAAAAUCAGAAUAUCACUUUUAUUUUUGAGUAUAAGCUAUAGGUUAUCAGUCAUGCCACCCUUUAGGCUGAUGCCUUCAGUAGGUAUUUUUUCACCCUUUUCUGAGUCAAAUUCCAAUUAUCGACUUAAACAGCUGGUUUAAUUGUGUGCAAAAACCUAAUGCAAAGGUAUAUUCUGAGUGUCCUCCAAAUAAGAAAAGGUGAAACAAACUAUUGGUAUUUUUAGAUAGCACUUACUGAUGGGAAUUCUAAAUUCCACAUCAAAAGAUGGAAGUAGGGAUAAAAAUUGCACACUGAAUGUGAAUACUGUUUUUAAUAUCCCUUGCUUUUUCAGCUUGCUGUACUAAUAAGACUUAUUGCCUAAGUUUUGCACAAAAAAAAAAAAUCUGAAAUAUUAUGUUUGAUUUAUGUUAAGACAUGAUAUUACUUUUGUAAGAAUUGCGUGUGAUUAAGCUCUGGAAAUCAAGAGUAAUUAAUAAGUUAAACUAACCAUGCAAGACAUAUUAAAAAUACGGUAAUGCUUAUUUUCAAAUGUCUCAAUGUCCUUAGGUUUUCUUGUAUUUAAUUGAAACUGGUAAGCAUUUGUCAAUAAGUAGCUGCAGGCUCAGAAUGCUGAUUGUAUAUAGAAAGAAAAUGUUUGUUGGUUAUCUUGCAGGCAGUAUUAGAUACUGCUGUGAAGGUCACGAUGGAAUUCUGAAUAUCCUGUUGUGUGCAACAUAACCCAAUAAAGUUACUUUAAUAAACAGCGUUAAGAGGUACUGAACAGAAAAUGAAUGGCACGUACCGAAACGACUUGGGAGCUAGACCUUUUGUGAGCAAUUACUGUCUAGGAAUAAGCUCAAUUUCUCUAGAAGAUCUGUUUCAGUGUGAUGACCAGUUGUUUAAAUUUACUGUGGCGAGCACUGAACACUGUUGGUGCUAUUUUUAUUACAACACUGUGAACCAAGACAAGAAUCACAGGCAUAAAGGCACCCAAAGAUCUAUCCUGCUGUAGCAUCAAAAUGAAGACAGCUGUGUAGCAGAGGCUAGGGCAUAACAAAAGGAAUCCAAAAUAUUAAUAAAAAUCCAAGAUUAACUGUCUAAGUCUCCAGGACACGCUCUUCUUCCUGUGGUUGUUGUGAUAAAAUUUUAUUAAAGUAACUUAGUAAUAUUUUGUUUGCAUGGCUGAGUUUGUCUUGUUACUUAUUGAACCCUGGCAGAUUAGAUUUUAGUUCUGAAAAACUGAUUUUCAGAGAAGUAAUUUAUUGAUAAGAUUCUAUAAUAAAAGAUUCACAACCAUCACUAGCAAGUUCUGUUUGUAUCUGAUUGUGAAAUGGAAAUUGAGAAUGCGAAUUCGUAGGCAUCAAGCUUGGAAAAAUAGGUCCAAAGAGGGGAAAUGCGGUCAUCUGAUUUCACUCGUCUUAAAUUAAUGCUGGCAUUACUUUUAAAACCUUGUCUUUUUAAGGUAGCUACAAUUGCUUGUACCAAAUUGACGUGACAAUCUCUGAAAUGCUCUUUGUGGUCUGUU